AUGCUGUGCUUCCUGGUGUUCGCCACCUUGGUCCUUUAUGGACACAGCACCCAGGACUUUCCGGAAAUCAACAUCCGGGUAGUUGGAGGGACUGAGGCCCAGAGGAAUUCCUGGCCCUCUCAGAUUUCCCUUCAGUACCUGUCUGGAGGUUCCUGGUAUCACACCUGUGGAGGGACCCUCAUUAGACAGAACUGGGUGAUGAUAGCUGCUCACUGUGUGAGCAACCAACUGACCUUCCGUGUGGUGGUCGGAGAACACAACCUAAGCCAGAACGAUGGCACUGAGCAGUACAUGAGUGUGCAGAGGAUCGUGGUGCAUUCAAAGUAGAACAAAAAUAAUGCGGCUGCUGGCUAUGACAUCGCCCUGAUGCAGCUGGCCCAAAACGUUUCUCUCAACAGCUAUGUCCAGCUUGGUGUUCUGCCCCAGCAAGGAACCAUCCUGGCUAACAACACUCCUUGCUAUAUUACAGGCUGGGGCAGAACCAAGACCAACGGGCAGCUGGCCCAGACCCUGCAAGAGGCUUACCGGCCCACCGUGGACUACGCCACCUGCUCCAGCUCUUCCUACUGGGGCUCCACCGUGAAGAACACCAUGGUGUGUGCUGGUGGAGAUGGAGUUCGCUCUGGAUGCCAGGGUGAUUCUGGGGGCCCUCUGCACUGCUUGGUGAAUGGCCAGUAUGCUGUCCAUGGAGUGACCAGCUUUGUGUCCAGUCAGGGCUGUAAUGUCUCCAGGAAGCCCACAGUCUUCACCCAGGUCUCUGCUUACAUCUCUUGGAUAAAUAACGUCACUGCAAACAGUUGAACGCUUUCCUGAGUCCAGCAGCCUUCCCAAAGUGGUUCUUAGGUCCUCAGCAAAACCUGAUGCUAUCAAGGGAAACAUUUGAGAC